GGUAAAAAAUUCAAUUUUGUAUUAAUUUAUCUAUGAUAUUUAUCUAUGACGUAAUUAAUCAUCAAAGAAAGGUUAUUUAAAAGAAUUUUAUCAUCUGUUAUCGACUUAACUGAACUUGUAUUUAUAUAUUGAACUCUCGCAAACAGAAUAAAUCGACAUUUUGAAUAACCGGCAAUUUCAGGGUAGCAGUGUAGUGUUUGGUAUAUUUAGGUUAGAAUAGCUAUUUUCAUAAUUAAAAAUAUUCGUGGUAAAUCUGAAUGUCAUGUGAUUAGUACGAUAUUUUUCGAUAUUAAUAGUGAUUAAUAUUCGAAUGAAAGUUCAUUGAUCUAAAAUAUAUUUUUUGUGGUGAUACAGUAUAUGUCGAAGGUUGUCAAAAUAUCUAUCAACUGUUCUUCUGUCAAAUGAUUUUUAUACGACUUUGAUAAAAAAAGAUAAAUAAUUUAAAUUGCAACAAUAUUAACGAUAUUUCAUGCAUUGAAAAUGGCCGCGAGUGAACCAAGUGUAUCAUUACUUUCUAGAGAAGAUAAUAAGUGGAGAAAAGAUUUAAUUUUUCAAUUACAAGAAAGGAACAAGAGACAAACAUAUUGUUUUGCAGAUCUUAUUAGUUUACAUAAUAGAUUGUUUGAAAGUGCAAAUACAUUACGUGGAGAAAAUAUUCAGCUAACUAUAGCAAAUGAAACUCUCCGUCGUGAAGCAGCAAGUGGGACUCCUGGUUUAAGUGUAAAUGCUGAUCUUGAAGCUCGUCUUCUAAAGCAAGCAGAAGAAUUAGCAACAUUACAUAAAAGAAAAGGAGAACAUACACAACAAAUAGUAGAUCUCAAUAAUAAAUUACAAGAAAUGAUGAAAGAACUUCAAGUUAAAGAAACAAGUCUUGCAGAAAGUAUAGAGCUUAAUACAAAUUUACGUUUAGAAAUAACUAAAUGUCUUAACAAAGAAAAGGAAUUGGAAAGCAUUAAUCAAAUGUUAAAAGAUGAGCAUCAAGCUUUGCAACUUGCUUUUGCAUCUUUAGAAGAAAAGCUUAGAAAAACACAGGAAGAAAAUCGUCAAUUAAUAGAACGUUUGAUUAAAUAUAAAACUCGAGAUGCAGAGAAAGUGAAUGAAGAAAAUGACAACUUUUUGAAUGAGAGUUUUUCCAGUCCGACAGCCUUUUUGAUGCAUACCAUAUCAAAAUUUGGAAAAAGGCAAGCAAAGGUCCAAAAAGAAUUAGAAGAUGCUGCACGUGACACACGACCAGUUAGUCCUGAUAGAUCGAGUUUAAAAGAAGGAAUUGCUGGUCUUCCUACUGCGGUACCGACGAAAGUAUCCGUCACGUUUACUGCACACGACGGAGAAGUUUAUGCCGUAAAAUGGUCUCCCGUCGAGAGGAUGCUUGCCACCGGUGGUGCUGACAGGAAGGUGAAGCUUUGGAAUAUCUCAAAAGGCGCUUCAGAGAGCAAAGGUAUUCUCGUUGGUAGCAAUGCUGGAGUGAUGUGCGUCGAUUUCGAUUCUACAGGAACAUUGAUACUUGGAGCAUCGAAUGACUACGCCAGCCGAGUAUGGACUGUCAGUGACUUCCGACUAAAGGUAAGUGAUCCAUUUAUUUUGACGAGGGGAGGCCCGACUCGCCUUCAUCCUUGGAAACACCACACUCUAACGGGCCACUGCGGGAAGGUGAUGGCUGCGAAGUUUCUUGGCGAGCCUUCAAAAGUAGUUACUGGCAGUUACGAUCGUACCCUAAAAAUUUGGGACCUGCGUAGCAAAGCGUGUAUAGAAACAAAGUUUGCGGGUUCGAGUUGCAACGAUCUUGUAACUUCAGACGGUGCGGGCUCUACGAUAAUUAGCGGCCAUUUUGACCACAGGAUUAGAUUCUGGGACACAAGAGCCGAAUCCAGCUCAAAUGACAUUUUAUUGGAAGGAAAAGUCACUUCGCUGGAUUUAUCUCGUGAUGCAAAUUACCUUUUGAGCUGUGUCAGAGAUGAUACGUUGAAACUCAUCGAUCUGCGGAUGAAGAAGAUCAUUGGAUCAUUUAGCGCCGACGGGUUUAAAGUCGGUUUCGACUGGACACGAGCUACUUUUAGUCCAGAUGGUCAGUACAUAGCGGUCGGUUCUUCAGACGGGUCCGUUUUCAUUUGGUCUGUCGCCACUAAUACGAUUGAGACUGUGUUGAAAAACCAUUCAGCUGUGGUGACAGCAGUUUCUUGGCAUCCGCACGGCACCUAUUUCGCAUCUGUGGACCGUGCAAAAACGGUGACAAUAUGGGGCGACCAUGUUUAACAGGACAAACAAUCCCAGGAUAGACGAUUGUUUCGCGUAACGAAGGUCAGCUUGUUCUUUCGUUUCGAGAAUGAACUUUCGUCGAAUCGAGAAAUGUAAAAUCCCCGACCGUAGCGCGCAGCUCCAUAGAAGGAGAGGUUGAGAGCACAAAGGACAGACCUUGUGGGCGCACGGGUUUGUAAAGAAAUAACCAUUUCCAGAGGUUGUACAAAGCGUGGCUACCGCGAUGAACAAAUUCACGGUGGAUAUUAUUGUACAUAAAACUGCGAUGAUUGUUGCCCUCCCCAAGGUUGUAAAGAUCCCCUCCCCCUUUUUCUUUUUUAGGGUAAUACCGGCGCCCCACAACCCUCUCCUCGAACCACGUUCCACUCUCGAACAGAUUAUCGUAGUUAUCCCUUUUUUCGAGAUUCGCUAGAAUACACUCCUUUUACUUCUAAGAGACUAUUUUUCGCGUUUCAAUCGUCUGUGUCGGUAGACGAGAUCGCUCCUGUUGGAUUACUUUUCGCGAGAAGCUAUAAAACACGGUUGCUUCUUCUUUCUAUCUCACCUGGCUCGACGACACCUUUUUUUCAUUCGUGAGACCGUCUUUAAAUUUCUUCUCGUUGUUUGCAUGCGAGCUUUUUUUAUUCGUGAGAGACACGCUAACUUUUCAUUGAUAUUCGAACGUUUAUUCUUUCGGUGCGAUUUAUCAAGAAACGAUAUUAAAUUAGAAAAUUAACAAAUUACACGUCGAUUAGAUUACAGGUUUUGUAAUUAUACGGAAUAUCUCGUUAUUCGAUAAGAAAUUUUCAAUAAGAAUGAACCGUGAACCAGGUUAUUUUUAUGAAAUAUUUAUUAUGAAAAUUCAAUUUUUUAAUAAAAGAAAAUUUAUACUUUCUCUUUGCCCAGUGAAUAACGGCGAGUCACUCUGUAUAUUAAAUAGAAUAAUCAAAUGAUUCGAUACGAGUCUCCAUAAAUGAUUUUAUUUUUAGAUCGAAGUCGUUUUGGAAAAACUCGAUAUUAAAAAAAAAAAGAUAGAUAGAAUUCUGACACCAGAAUAUUCUGUGUAUAAAAUGUAUAAAAUUUUAUAAACGAUGUAAUAUUAGUGCGUAAGUGUUACAAAAGAUUUGUACGAUGAGAAGAAACGAGAAGAAACUUUUAAAACGGAAUCUAACGGAAAAAUACUGUUCUAUUGAACGAAAAAUUCUGAUUCGUCUGUAACCGAUCUUGGUGUGAUGAUUAAUCACACGGGUCACGAGCAAUGUUUUCUAUGUUGCUAUCUCGAUCUGGAAAAUGGAAAAAAGAAGAAAAAAAAAUCUGUCUGUGUGAGUCGGUCCAUAGAACAAGUUUGUUAAUUGCCGAAGCAACCGUGAAAUCGAGUCUACUCGAAGUUCUCCAACGUCAGCGAGUUUUGAACGUUUUUAUCGUAAGUCUGAUAUAGGGCGGAAGUGGAUGUACUCGUUUUAAACGGAGAAGCACAAUAAAGUUCUAAUACUGAUACUGAGUAAAUUGCAUUAUACAAAGUUUGAUCGACGAUUACGUGACGAAUAAUAUAUACUUUCUCUCGACUUUACAUUUCUUUUUACUCUUCUUUUUUUCUUUUUUAAAAAAAUGAACAAUUAACCCAUCCGUGGUACGGGACAUUUCACGUUCGAUACGAUAUGAUUACGUACGAUUAAUAAAUUUCGAACUCGUGAUAUUUAAUAAUAGCUGGUUCAGUGUUUAAAUAUUUUAGCUCAAGAUAAGUUAUUAAUAAAAAUUAAAUAUUGAUGCGAAUAGACUGAUAUCUUGCGAGCUUUUUACGUAUUGCAGUUCACAAUUUUUUAAGUAUAAAUUUAAUAAUCCAAAACAGAGAUUUUUGAUAUUCUGGUUGAUAUUACACUUGAUUUAUCUCGAAAAGAUACGAUGAUCUUUAUUUAUUGCACUUUUUUAAACAAGGAAUUGCCUGUUACUUCUUAUAGCAAUUAUUGAAAACCGAUGUCAAGUCUGAAUUUUUCGAUUGUUUUGUAUCGAUUAAGUGUUUUAACGAUAAGAAUUUCAAUUACAUUCAAAAUUCAUAUUUUUGAAUUAUAUUUAUGAUAUUUGUAUCCUUAAAAUGUAUCCUUAAUUAUACGUCACAUUUUCUUUCUCAAAAAUCGUAUACGUUUAAAUUAUAUUUUAAAUAUCACACUUUUUUCUGCCUAUUGUAAUGUAUAAUUUUUUUUUAAAUAUUCAAUUAUAAACUCAUUAAUAUUAAUAUAGUAAUAAUCUAAGAUAAAAUAUUGUUAACGUUAAUACUAAUCUAAUAUUAAGUAAUAUAAUAUUAACUUAAUUAUUAAUUUUUGGUAGCUAAUAGUUUUACAAUUAUUAUUAGCGCUGCCAAUUUUUAAUUCUGCUCAAAAAUUGCAAUCAAUUGCUAUUUUGCAUUAUAUAAAAUUUAUGAUAUAAUAAAUAUUCUCUAUUAUAACUAUAUUAAUAAUCAUAAUAAAUAAAAAAAUCUUAUUUUUAAUAUUACAAUUUCUAAUUAUAAUUUUAUUUGAAAAUAAGAUUACGAUUGAAAAAAAAAGAAUGGUCGUUAAAUAUCAUUCGUUAAAAAUAAAAAAAAAUAAAAAAAAUAAAAAACGUAAUAAUACAAUCAGUGUAAACGAAAUCUAUCUUUCUAACAAUUUAUUUCAAUUUCAGGAAUAUUUUAAAUAUCUCUUAAAUAUUCCUGAACAAUUACUUUUCAUUAAUUAUUUUUUAAAUCUGUAAAAUACUUUUGCUUUUUUUACUUUUAAAUAUAUUUAGUUUUUUUUAUUUUCUUUUCUUUUUUAUUUUAUAUAUCCUCUUUUAAAAAUCUUUCUAUUUUCUUCAAGGUAUAGAAAAUGUUAUAAAACAGUGGACCUAAUAAGAUAACUUUGAAAAAUAUACCUCAUCGAUUUUUAGAAAAGAAAUAAAAGAAUUCUCAUUUAAUUCGAAAUUUCAUCACUGAAAUAUAUUCUUAAGCACAUUAAAAUCUAUUAUAUCUUUAACUUAUUCAUCCUAUUAAAAAAUACAUGAAAAUUGAUAUUUUCAUAAGUAGGAUCGAAAUCGUGAUAUAUGUAAUUUUUACCAAAAAAUAAUUGAGAGAUUGUGUUCGAUUUCGAUAUUUAUAGUAAUUAUUCACUAAAAUAUGAGAAUUUAAUGCAGUAAUUAAAAUGUAUAACGAGAGGCUAUAUUUUAAAUAUUAAGGGCUCUAUUUAGAUUAAUAAAAUUUUAUACAAAUUGCACCGAGUUCGAAAGAAAUUGUUUAUGUAUAAUUUCACGUGAAAUGUCUCAUACGUCAUAUUUUCUAUAAUUUUCGUUUAUUAUAAUUCGCUAUGGGAAAAAAAUUUGUGCUGAAUUUUACAUAUUAUCCACUUAUAUCCUCUUAGUUUGUGCACAAUUUAAUAACAAAUGGCUGCAACGCCAUAUUGCACAAUAGUUGUUAAGCGAAUGCUUUCUAGGAAUACAGGGCCAAGAUCGAAGGGCUCUAAGUGUAAGUAUAGAAAUUUAUGACAAUGUUUGUCAAUAAUAUGCGAAAAUGCCAACGUGUAUAGUUUUUCAUAUUUUUGAUACGUGUUUUUGUUAAUUCGAAUACACAACAAGCACAUAAGACACCGAUACGAUACAUCAUGAUCAUAAAUUUCUUUGCGGCCUUGUUUUAUAUUUCAUCAGCUUUUGUAUGAAAUAUUUGAAGACAACAGGAGGGAAACUUGAUAAUACAACCAUUUGUCCAUUUUCUAUUUUUUUACGCGAUUUAAUAAUUAAAAAAAAGUGCGCUUUAAUGGUAGAAAUGCAAAAAAAUGAUAAAUUUCAAGGUAUGAAUGAUAUGAAUUAGGGAUGGAUCACUCGAAACUCUUCGAAAUUCAAAAAGAUUCGAAUUUCUCGAAUCUUUGAAAUAUUUUGCUAUUUUUGUAAUUCGAAAUUCUCGAAAUCCAUAUAAUAAUAAUUAUAUAAAACUUACAUUUAAGCUGAUAACGAUUUUGAAGAAUUCUAAAUAUUUAUUAAAAUUUAAAUACGUAGCAAAAAUAUAAUAAUAAAAUAAAAGUGCCCGAUUAACUGUCGUGGAAUCUCUGAAGGAUGCUCUGAAAAGCGUAUAUAAAAACUUAAGACAUCAUAAAAGAGACAAGAAUACUUUUCUAUCUCGGUAGAAAAUAUUUUUCUCUCUCCACGUUUCCACGAUCCAGUGAAAAUAAAAAUAAUUUUCGAAGCUGUAAAUACUUUUUAGAAAGUAAUAAUAAUAAUAAUAAUAAUAAUAAUAAAUAUCCUAGGUUUUCGAGAAUUUUGAGAUCCCACAAAAUCUUACGAAUCUCAAAAUCAGGUUUCGAUUCAUCUCUGAUUUAAAUCAUAUCUGUAUGUAAUAAUUUGAUAAGUCCAACUUUAAAUAUCCUAUUAUGUAAAAAUUGGAAAAUGUGAUUCAUCAAGUUUCACUCUUGUGGUCUACAUUUUAGCACGUUUUUCCUCUCAGAGUCCUUUGAUCAUCAUUUAGCGUAAGCCUAUGAUUAACAACAUUAAGAAAACGAUACGUUUUGUGGAUAAGUUAAAUGUUACAUAUGGAUUUUGGUAUAUAUACAUAUUGAAUAAUUACGAUUAGUAUUUCUUUAUUAUAGAGGAAACCGAUAUAUUAUAAUUAAAUGAUAUUAUUUUUAGCAUUUAAGUUUUGUAAACUGUAAAUCAUCACUCGUAUUCAAGCAUAGAAUUAAUUACAAUAUAUAAUUGUUGUAACAUCAUCGGUUUAUCCAAUUGAGGAUUUAGAGAUUUCCUUUAAUAAUUAAAUAAACAGUGAUUCGUCUUGUUUACUCGAUUAAUCAUCUCAUUGAUCUCAAAAGUAGAAUUAAUAAAAUAUAUAGAUCGAUUGUGUUUCGCUCCACGAUAUAGAUUAAUAUCUUUUUCUUUUUUUUAUAUUAUACGUAAACCGAUGAGGAUUAUAAUAUCGUUUGUAGAGUAUAAUCUGAAUGUAAGUUUGUUCUUUAAUGCAAAUUAAAUUGCGUCCAACUUGUUACAUAAUUCUUUCCCCGUCAUAUGAACAAUAUAAAUCAAACAUAAAUCUAUACCGUUAUUCUAUUUACAUUUUACAUUUAUUUCAGCGGAGACAUUGUAUACACUGUUCGCAAUAUAUUAUAUAUAUAUUAAACGUUUUCUUCUUGUAUUUUUUAAAAA